AUGGGUAAGACACAGAAUCCAAGCAGAGGAAAAGGAGCAUCAUCUGUUUUGGAGGUGGCUGCUCUGGGUCAACCUUUCAGUUUAGGGAUGCUCUAUGAUGCCCGGAGAGGGAAACUCAUCCCAGGUGUCACACUGUGGAAUAAUAAAACUCUGCAGAAGAAGCCAGUGGAGCAUAAUCAGCACAGCAGUGAAUUUCACAUCAAUGCAACGGAUUCCAUUGAAAAAAAGUCGUCACUGCUGGAUGUUAAUGGUUCUCUGAAGGCCAGUUUCCUGGGUGGGCUCAUUGAAGUUGGAGGAUCAGCCAAGUAUCUGAAUGAUAGGAAGAAAUCACAUCAUCAGUGUCGAGUCACACUUCAUUACAAAGCUACCACUAAAUUCAAACAGCUGAUGUUGACUCCUGAUGAAACCAAAAACUCUCAAGAAGCAAAAAAUGUGAAAGGUUUGGCGACACAUGUAGUCACAGGAAUCCUUUAUGGAGCAAAUGCUUUCUUUGUAUUUGACAGUGAGAAGUUAGAUGAUAGCAGCAUUCAGGUAAUCCAGGAUAGCAUACAAGCUAUCCUAAUAAAAAAGAUCACCUCAUUUAAUGUUGACGGGAAAGUUGACAUCAAGCUGAGUGAUGAAGAAAAAGCUGUGACUGAUAAAUUCACCUGCAGGUUCUAUGGAGACUUCAUCCUUGAAAGCAACCCUGUAACAUUUGAAGAUGCAGUGAAGACAUACAUCCAACUUCCAAAACUACUGGGAGAAAACAGAGAAAACUGUGUUCCACUGAAGGUCACACUGAUGCCUCUGAAGAAAUUACAUCCAAAAGCUGCUUACAUGAUAAGCAGUGGAUUUAUUAGUAAGGCUGAAGAUACCUUACAGGAGCUUCAUAACCUCGACAUAAGAUGCAAUGAUCUGCUGGAGGACAGAGUGGUGAGAAGCUUUCCACAGAUACAAGAAAAGUUGAGUAAAUUCAAGAAGCUCUGUCAGUAUUUCAGAUCUUCACUCCAGGAAACAAUGGCAGAGAAACUUCCCUCCAUCAGGGCAGGUGAGGAAGAUGAGCAGAAAUUAGUGAACGUGUUUGAUGACAGAGACAAGUUACCGUUCAGUCAGGAGAGAUUAACCAAGUGGAUCAAAGAUGAAGAGAGAGAAGUCACCAUCAUCAGGUACUUUGUAGACAUGAUGGAGGGAACAAAGAUCAUCUCAGAUCAGUCUGAGCUGGACAGAGAGGUGUUUAAACCAGGAGUAGAGGAAGUUCUCUGCUUUGUUUUCACCUCCCUGAAAUCCACUGACCCAUAUCUGCAGAACAUGUCUGACUACUUGGAGAAAAAGGAACUGGAAGGUACUGAUGGUAACACUCCACCUGCCCAGGACCAAUGGUACCGCUCAGAUGAAGUGAUAAAGCAGAUGACAGAAAAGGCAGAAGCGGUGAAAAACUGCAGCAGACUGUUUAUAACAGCCAUUCAAAAUGACAAAUACAAAGGAGGAAGUAUCUACCACUACAGGAAUACAAACCUGGUCACUGAUGAUUUCUCAGGACCUGAUGUCACUGAUGUGGAAAAGGUGACGGACAGAAGAGAUCUGAUCUGGUGUAAAAAAUUAGAGAGAAAGGGAAAAGGUAGACUGACUGGGUUCAGGUGGAAUAACACCUCCUGGUCUUUGGGCUUUAAAUGGGACCCAGACCCAACUUACUAUGCAGAGCAUGAUAGUAUGACCACUAAUCACCCACUUCCACCUUCUGGCUGCCCCAGACUGGGAGUGUUUCUGGAUUGGCCUGCAGGGACUCUGUCCUACUACACAGUCUCAUUUAAUAAACUGAGUCACAUUCACACCUUCAGGACCAAAUUCUCUGAGCCUGUUGUUCCAGCCUUCAAGGUCUGCAGCAAAAACAGCUCCGUGUUGCUCUGUCUGUAAACUUGAUGCCACAUAAUUCAGUUCAGCUUUUUACACCAGAGCUGUAUAAAUGUGCCAUCAUGUCGGUAACAUUUAGUUAUUUAAUUUAUGACAACCAAUCAGCCUGUAUGAUCACAGCUAACAGACACUUAGAGCAUCUUGAUUGUUUUUGCUAGACAUAUUUGGAUUUGUGUUCACAUAAAUGGGGCCCCACAUUAACCUCCGAAGACCCGAACUCUUUCAUUUU